UUCAGAAGAGGAAAUGAAAGCAUUAGAAGCAGAUUUAUUGACCAAUAUGCAUACAUCAAAGACCAGUAAAGCUGGUGUUUCUUCUUGGAAAAUGACCCUGCUAAAUGUUUGCAGUUUUGUGAAUAAUCUGAACAGCCAAGCGGAGGAAACAGGAGAACUUCAGGAGGACGAGCUUAUUACAAGAAGGAAAUUUCCCACUGCUGUAGACAGCUUUAGCUUGGAAGCAAUGUUGACAAUAUACCAGCUCCAAAAAAUCUGUCAUAGCAGGGCUUUUCAACACUGGGAGCUAAUUCAGGAAGAUGUUCUUGAUGCUGGAAAUGACAAAAAUGAAAAGGAAGAAGUUAUAAAGAGAAAGAUCCCUUACAUUCUGAAACGGCAGCUGUAUGAGAAUAAACCGAGAAGACCCUACAUCCUCAAAAGAGGUUCCUACUACUACUGAGAGGAUAAAUGUUUUAUCUCCAUGUGGUUGUGAUUUCUCAUCCUUCACCUAAAUAUCAAGUUAUAUUGGUGUGGUAAUGUGACAGUACACAAUUAUUGUGUCUCUUCUACAAUAGUGUUUUAUUUGAUAUGAUUUUUCUGUGUUAAUAUAAAUUGAACUAAAUGUUUUAAAAUAAAAUUAGAUCUUGAGCAUGAUAAUGUGUUGUGUAUAAUUGGUGUAGAUAUUAACUAGGCCACAUAUAGAAUAUGUUGUAAUUAUGCAAAGCAUUUAAUGGGUUGUUUAAACAGUCAAAAUGUUUGACACUUUAAACCGAAUUAUGAAGUAUUAUAAUGGAGUCCUAAGGCAAAGUCUAACCUAUGUGUCAUUAACCCAAAACAAAGUAAUAAUACUUCUUUUAUUAUUUGAUUCUUUUUUUAAUUGAGAGAACUACAUGUUCUUUUCCAAGACUCACAUAAAUCUUUCAGAUAUGGGGGACGUAAUAGUAUUAAAUAGGAUCAUCUUAAAAGGAUGAUUAAUGGACUUGUUAAUUAAGCCUCUCUUAAUGAAUGAUCUUCAGCUGAAUUUGUCUUUCUGUUAAAUAAACUUAAUAGCGAAUAAAAAGCAAUGAGCCAUCAGAACCA